GAAGACGGUCCGAGGCGGGGCGCCAAAAGUGCGCCAACGAAUCCGAGUAUAUAAGCCAACCCCGGGUCAACCCUGCUCAUCAGUGGACAGAGGGGCCUGAACGCAACAACAGCUAGCAAGGAUGUCAUUCAUUUCGCCACUUCUGGUGGUGCUGGCCGCGGCGCUGAUGGUGUCGACGGCGGCGGGGAAGUCCAUCCAGGACCCCGCGCCUCCCGGCCGCGGACAAGAGCCCGUCAGGUCUGAGUCGGCCGACGAGAUCCUCGGGGGAUCGGAGCACUACGGCUACGGCGGAUACGGAGGAGGGUACGGAGGAUAUGGAGGAUACGGAGGCUACGCAGGAUACGGAGGAUACGGAAGGAUGGGACGCGGCUAUGGAGGCUAUGGUGGAUACGGAGGAUACGGAGGAUACGGAGGAUACGGAGGAUACGGGGGGUAUGGUGGAUACGGUGGGUACGGACAUCAUGUACACCACCAUCACGGGUAUGGGGGAUACGGAGGAUAUGGUCAUGGGCACUGGCGCUAAGUGUGACGGACGUUUUCCCGUACCCAAUCCACUGCAAACAUUUCGAAAUUAAUGUCGAAUUUGUGAAAUUGCUCUCAUUUCGCACUUCCAGUUAGUUAUCGCUGACGGUUUGUUUGUUAGUGUUUUCAUUGCUCACAAUGUGUACACAACUAAAUGCAUUUCAUGAAUUUCAUUGAUACUUUGAAAUCUUUUAUGUUGAGUUGUUGAGUUACUGUUAUAGUAAAGAGCUGUUUUCUGUGAAAACUUAUUUUUUAAUUGUGGAAAGAAAUAAAGGGAGGAUAACUAA